GCGCACAUUCUCAGUAAUAAGGGGGGAGGUUUGGAGCAGCUCGUACUCACGUCGUUUAACCGCAUUUCUUUCGCCAGGAAUCUUCCAAAAAAAACAAACAAAUACUUUCUAGGAUUAUUUGAAGUUCGAGUCUUUUAUAGACGCGCAACACCGAGCGAGAUUUCGUUUGCAGGUAUUUUGUUGGAGUGAGUUGAACAACUUCGCGGUUCAGUUUUCGGAGGUGAGGCGACUUCGUUUCACCGCGAGCGAAGUGUUUCGGGAUAAAACGGGACCACGGCUGCUCGGGAACUACCGCGUAGGCUUCGGAUGAGGUUUAACGUGAGCUCGAUCAGAUAAACGGGAGACAAACGCUGAAACGAGACGCAAACACCAAUUAGGAAGUUUCUCUUCCGCUCCUUUUGCUCAUUUGGGAUUUCUUUGCGUUGUGGGCGACGCACGUUUUUUUUCCCCCGUUUUUUUUCUUCUUCUUCUUCUUCUCCUCCUCCUCCUCCUCCUUCUCUCACGCACGUUCUGCCAAGAUCUUCAUUUAUUUUUCGCCAACGGACCGCACGUCAACAUCUGGAUUUACUGCCGCGUAGAGAGCGUUCCCUCUCUGACCCACACUGGCUGCUUCACAGCCCCCCGCCGGCGAGUUUUUUACUGCGAAUGAGCCGCUGCUGAUGCCCCGACGGCCUGAAUGGAGUUGCAGUCGCAGAAAGGGCAGCAGCUGUAGUUCCCUCAGCAGGAUGCUGAUGAGGCCAAAUAUACUUCUGUGUCUGGUUUUAUUCUCCCAAGUCCUAAGGACGCAGAGCCGGCCGGCCAACACGGACGAAGAAACCCAGGCGGAGCUGUUCACUCUCUAUCUCGGGGACAGUUUGGACCUGAGCUGCCCUGCCAAAGACUCCCCCCACGCCGUCAACUGGACCAAAGACCACGAGGCGCUGGUGGAUGGAGAGCACACGCGCAUCCGCGGCGCCCAGCUGGUGAUCGAGACGGUGGAGCUGACGGACUCCGGCCUGUACGGGUGCACCACCUUCGGCAACCACAGCGGCUACUUCAACGUCACGGUCGAAACCCAGGCCUCGUCGGAGGACGACGAUGAAGAGGAAGAGUCCUCAUCCGAGGAAGCCAAACUCCUAGGCAGUCAAAAACUGCUGCCGAUGGCCCCGCAGUGGGCUAAUCCAGAAAAAAUGGAGAAAAAGCUUCACGCCGUCCCGGCCAGUAAGACGGUGAAGUUCCGAUGCCAGGCCAGCGGCAACCCGACGCCCACCUUGAAAUGGUACAAGAACGGCAAGGAGUUCAAGAGAGACCAUCGCAUUGGAGGCUUCAAGGUCCGUGACCACGUCUGGACCAUCAUCAUGGAAUCUGUGGUGCCCUCUGACAAAGGAAACUAUACCUGUUUGGUAGAAAACCAGUACGGCAGCAUCAAUCACACCUACCAGCUCGACGUAGUCGAGCGCUCCCCCCACAGACCGAUCCUGCAGGCCGGCCUGCCGGCUAACCGCACCGCAGUGGUUGGCAGCGACGUGGAGUUCGAGUGCAAGGUGUUCAGCGACCCUCAGCCUCACAUCCAGUGGCUGAAGCACGUGGAGUUCAAUGGAAGCCGGCUUGGUCCCGAUGGUUUGGCGUAUGUCCGUGUCCUCAAGCACUCUGGUGUCAAUAGCUCGGAUGCUCAGGUGCUGACGCUCUACAAUGUGACUGAGGAGGAGAGCGGGGAGUAUAUAUGUAAAGUGUCCAAUUAUAUAGGAGAGGCCAAUCAGUCGGCGUGGCUGACGGUCACCAGAUAUGAGCCCACAGCGGUCCCGCACUAUCCUCCGGCCAACCACACCUACCUGGAGGUGGUAAUCUACUGCGUGGGCUUCUUUAUCAUCGCGGUCAUGAUUGCCAUCGCAAUCAUAGUGAAGAUUCGCUCCUCGUCAAAGAAGAAUGACUUCAACAGUCAGCUGGCCGUCCACAAGCUGGCCAAAAGCAUCCCGCUGCGCAGACAGGUGUCCGUGGACUCGAGCUGCUCCAUCCACUCCGGGGUGAUGCUGGUUCGUCCGUCCCGCCUCUCUUCCAGCGGAUCUCCGAUGCUGUCCGGCGUGUCUGAGUAUGAACUGCCCCAGGAUCCCCGCUGGGAGCUUCCUCGGGACAGACUGGUCCUUGGGAAGCCGCUGGGCGAAGGCUGCUUCGGUCUGGUGGUGAUGGGAGAGGCGCUCGGUCUUGACAAAGAGAAACAAAACCGUGUGACCAAGGUUGCAGUCAAAAUGUUGAAAUCUGAUGCCACAGAGAAAGACCUGUCAGACCUGAUUUCAGAGAUGGAGAUGAUGAAGAUCAUUGGAAAGCACAAGAACAUCAUUAAUCUGCUGGGAGCCUGCACACAGGAUGGUCCUCUGUAUGUGAUCGUAGAGUACGCAUCCAAGGGCAACUUGCGUGAGUACUUGCGAGCUCGGCGCCCACCAGGCAUGGAGUACUGCUACAACCCGGCCCAGGUUUCCGUGGAGACCAUGUCAAUCAAAGAUCUGGUGUCCUGUGCCUAUCAAGUGGCCCGAGGCAUGGAGUACCUGUCCUCUAAAAAGUGCAUCCACAGAGACCUCGCCGCUCGCAACGUUUUGGUAACCGAGGACAACGUGAUGAAAAUAGCAGACUUCGGCCUGGCGAGAGAUAUCCACCACAUUGAUUACUAUAAGAAGACCACGAAUGGACGCUUACCUGUCAAGUGGAUGGCUCCCGAGGCUCUGUUUGACCGGAUAUACACAAACCAAAGCGACGUCUGGUCCUUCGGGGUUUUGCUUUGGGAGAUCUUCACCCUGGGGGGCUCUCCCUACCCCGGAGUCCCAGUGGAGGAGUUGUUCAAGCUGCUGAAGGAAGGUCACCGAAUGGACAAGCCCUCAACAUGCACUCAUGAACUAUACAUGAUGAUGAGGGACUGCUGGCAUGCGGUACCUUCAAAUAGACCAACAUUCAAACAGCUGGUUGAGGACCUUGACCGCUGCCUGGCCAUGACAUCAAACCAGGAGUAUUUGGAGCUGUCUGUACCUCUGGACCAAUAUUCCCCCAACUACCCCGACACCCGCAGCUCCACGUGCUCCUCGGGCGAGGACUCGGUCUUCUCCCACGAUGCCGGAGCAGAGGAGCCCUGCCUGCCAAAGUUCCCUCCCCACUCCAACGGGGCAGCCAUCAAGAAACGCUGACACCUCCAUGUGGAUUCAGAAAAGAAAGACAUUGACAUUUCCUCCGCUCCCUGCCUCGUGGGGUUGGACUCUACCCCACAUUCCCAGAGAUGAAGCUAAAAAAGAAAAAAGAAAACGCUCUGUGCCCUGUGAGAAAGCAGCUUGGAGAGACGCCUCGUAGAACUUGUUUGAUCACAUGGGCCGAGGAGUUCAGCCGUCUCCACAGUUCUUGGUGGUGACGACGAUGUCAAUGGGGCACUUUGUAUUACCGGGCCUGGCAGUGUGGAGCAGUGUCGGGAGGAAAAAAAAAAUUAGAGCAGACUCCCACUGUUCUUUCCAGUUUGGGCAUUCCACGGGUCAGGAGAUUCAAAAGGACUGACUACGAUAAUGUCAGGUUUUGGUUGUUGUUUUUUUUUGUUUUUGUUUCUUCCUCCCCUUCAUUGUUUCAUAAGUAGUGAAGGACAAUAUUCUGCUUUUCUGACCAAAUCCAGAGGACAUGCAGCACCACGGCCCUCUGCAUCAUUCACUAUCUUAUUGUAAAUACAGUUAGAAAAUUAUAAAUAUAUAUUUACAUUGUACUCUUAUUUUUAUUACCAUAAUUGAUUUGUUUUCUUUUGUACAAGGAUGCUUUUGUUUGAUCCAUUUUUAAUAUAGUCGUUUGGGGCAGUUGUUACAUAAGAAUAUCUCUAAAUUGCUGAGGAUGACGUGGCGGGUUUGUUUUUGCUGAAUCACUGCUUUGAUUCCCCAUAAACCUACUGCAUAAUCAUCCAUGAAAAAAGAAAAUAUAUAAUAUAUAUUGGGUUUUCUGUUUUUCAACCAAGUGCUUUUCAUGACACAAAGCUGCAAUACAGCUUAACUCAGUGUUUGGGGUUUCCUCCAUCAGAAAAUAUUUGUGAAAACAUGUGUUGUGUGAGUGGCUGGAUGUCUGUGGAACAUGGGAUGUUCUCUCAUUCAAUGUCCAUUGAUUCCCGAGGAUGGUCACGACUUUAAAUGUUCCUGGUUG